AUGAACCGCCGUCUUACGGCAGAGCGCUGUAACAUCAAUCUGCGCGGUGAAACCAGCGGGAGCUGCCAUAUGGUGGCGGUUAUGACUCGCAUUGGGCUGUUCUUCAUGACUGGCGAAAACCAUCUGCAGCCACUGUCACGGCCAUGGCAGCUGUACAAGACACGCUAUCGACGACUCAAAGGUGCAUUGCGUGAUGUCAUGACCGAAGAUCUCCGCGAGAUUACAGGCAACCGAUCCAUCAAGAUGUCGUGGACCGCAGUUGACUUUCACCAGCGAAUUGAGCUGCCAUAUGGUGUCGCUCUUGUAGGAUGGCCAACUGAUAUUGCCCGCACAAACCUGAGCAAGAUCGGGGGAUGCGACAUCCUCGACAACCUGCUUACAAAGUGGCGAACAGGCAAAAUGCGGUUUGAGCUUCUGGAUCCGGCAAGGAGACCUGUCAGGCUCGAGCUUCGGCGACACACAAGGAGUGAUGCCGGGCACUCGCAUGUGUUUGCUGACAAGAGGGAGCCAAUGAAGUGCAAGCGACGGGUUCACAAGGUCCCGAAAAGCGCACUGAUCAUCGAAAACUCUGAUGUCGGCUCGGAUGCAGAUACCGCUGCCGGUGGGAAUAUUGAGAGCAGGACAGAGUCAGCUGAUGAGGAUGAGAGUCGAAUUUGCAAACGGCGUAGGCUGGAUCUUGAUAUUGUUGAUGGUGACCAAUAUGGCAACUCGUCAGCUUCGGAAACGAUCGAGGAUUUCUCGUCCGAUGCCCGGUCGCUUGCUGAAACGAUUGAGGAUGCCGAUGACUGGGACAUUCUGAUAUUACCUAUUGCGACGUUGCGAGGGUGUGCAUGUGAUCAGCACGGACACAAGCAUCUCCGGUACAUCGAGCUCGUGAUUGAGCACUGCGCAGAGGUCCGCAUCUUCCUUUCGUUUGACAUCCUGCUGCACAGGGAGGAUGUUCCUUUCGACAACAUUGAUGCCUGCAUGCAGAAGCACCCUGCGCUCACGUACUCGGUGCUCAAGCACUACCUGCCUGCGGGCCUGGUAUGCCUCCUGGACAUGAUGGCGCCCCUCGCCACGCUCAUCAUGCGUAAUGUGAUCCCCUCGGCUACCCACCUCAGGAUCACGGCCCUCGCAGCCCUCGAGCGGCUCGCAGAGGACCUUGCGCGCAUUGACCUCGCAGCAUACUUCGGCCUCCUGUGGAGCGUCGCGCUGGGUGGUGUAGAUGCGGGCGCUGCCCGGUGCUACGUGUACAAGGCCGCACUCAGGACCGUGUUCGACCUCGCGGAGGAGGCCGCAGAUGCGUGUCUGUGCGACGAGCUCUGGCGCCAGUGGCGGCAGCGCGCCACACCCAUGUUCACGCGGCGCAUCCCACCAAAGGCUAAGGGGGAUGCUGAUGCUCCUGUGCGCGGCGUCGCGUCGCCCGAGGAGCGGGCAGGCCUGACGGACUGCGCACGCAUCGACCUCGCCGUGUACUUGAACCUCCUGUGGAGUGUCCUGCUGGGCGUGCGCCCGGCCGACCUUGUCCAGGAGCUGCUCCUCAUCCUGUGCGAGCGGCUCGCAGGCGAGGGAGGCAAGGACACUGCCCGGCGCGACAUGUACAAGGCUGCGCUUAGGACCGCAGACGCGUAUUCCUGCAGAUUUAUACACCCAUCUAUACAGCGUUAUACACCCCCGACCCUGCGCUCUUAUACACCCCUGGCCAUGCGCUCUUAUACGCCCCUGACCUUGCGCUCUCUCGUCGUUUCCAACGGGCAUUUGUGCCACACAUCGCCAUCUGCGCCCGAGACGAUCAUCUGGAUGGCGCCCGGGCACAUCCUCGUCCUCGCGUGCCACACCGAGUCGGCGCUGGCCAUGUCGACCGGCGACGCGGCUCCGGUGGAGGCACCCCGCGCGGGAAAACAGGAUAGCGGCAGCGAGCGCGGUGUAUGGGAGCUGGAGAACACGGCAGCUAUGUGGAGUAGCCCUAGAGUCGGCACAGAGGCCACGCAACGGCUCCAGACGCCCGCCGUCGGACAGCAGACCUGCUUACACGAGAGCAAAGAAGCCAAGGACGUAGAUCACGCCCUUGAGGUUAGCGGCCACCUGCGAUGCGCUCCAUCCAAGGGCUGGUCCUUGCAGAAAGUAUUGCAGGCGGCAUACGGGCACGCGCAACAGCAUCAGUGA